GGUUGUGUUGUCGUCUCUCAGCUGAAUAUUUCAGUGUUUCAGCAACAAUGUCUUCAGUUCAGCAUCUGAGAGAGUUUAUCAGCGAGCGACUAACUGCUGCUGCUGAAGAAAUAUUCACAGAGUUUGAAAAAACCAUCGUCCAGUACGAAGAAGAGAUCGAUCGUCAGCGCAGACUGCUGGAUAUCACCUGGAAUCCACAGAUAAAGUUAAUCAGAACAGAGGUUCCACAUCAAUAUGUCUACAAGGUGGAUGAAGCUCUUCAAGAUGACCAGCAGCUGUGCAACCAGAACUCAAACCUGGACCAGGAGCAACCAGAGUCUGCUCGUAUUAAAGAGGAAGAGGAGGAACUCCUCAGCAGUCAGGAGGAAGAGCGGCUUUGGCUGAAGGAUGAAACUGAUCAGUUUUCAAUACCAGCUGCUCAUGAGGAAGAUGGUCACAGUGAUCCAGAACCAAACAGGGACCAUACUCCCUCUUACAGCCCUCCUGCAGACCAACAUUCACCUUUAGAGGAAAGCAUGGUUGAAGACUCAGGACCAACAACGUGUGCAGAUACACAGCCAGAAAAGAGCUGUCUAACGGAGACAAAUGAGAACGUAGGAGAGUCCUUUCUGUUAGAAAGUCAUUGUAAUGAAAGAGAUGAGAAACAACAUUCCUGCAAGUUCUGUGGGAAACAAUUUAAAAUUAAAAAUAAGUUAACUGUUCAUGUAAGAACUCACACAGGAGAGAGACCGUACUCUUGUCAAACAUGUGGGAAAUGUUUCAGUCACCAGAGUAAUUUGGUACGCCACAUGAAAAUUCACUCGGGCUUGAAGCAAUUUUUCUGUCCAACAUGUGGAAAAUGUUUCUUUUACCAGGGGAAUUUGGUGCGUCACAUGAGAGCUCACACAGGUGAGAAGCCGUAUUCUUGUCCAACUUGUGGAAAAUGUUUCAAUCAAACUCAUUAUUUGAAGUACCACAUGAGAAUUCACACGGGUAAGAGGCCGUAUUCUUGUCAAACAUGUGGAAAAUGUUUCGGUCGCCAGGAUGCUUUGGUGCGCCACAUGAGAAUUCACACAGCUGAGAAGUAAUUUUUUUGUCCAACAUGUGGAAAAUGUUUCAAACAAAAUGAUCAUUUAAAGUUCCACAUGAGCUCUAACAGAGGAUGUCAAAAACCACCUUCUAUAUG